UAUCACAACAAGUCCAUUGUGUUCUCACAACAGAUAAAAUAAAUAAUAUUUAGAAUAAUUUUAAUAUAUUUUAAAUUGUAUAAAUGAAAUAAGGUUCAAAAGAAAUCUCGGAUUUUCAUAAUGUGUUGUGUUAAAUGAUAAUAGAUAUUAACCAAACUUUUUCCACUCCAAAGAGAUAUUUAUCAAAAUGGCAAGUUAUCAUAAUGAAAAUGUAUACACACAUACAUUCACUCCUAAAGAAUAUCAAGUUGAAUUAUUGGAAUCUGCGAAAAUCAAAAACACCAUAAUGUGCUCCAGCACAAGUUGCGCCAAAGCUUUUAUUCUUGUUAAGUUAUUACAAGAAUUUUCCUGGCAAAUGCGAAUUAAGAAUGGUAAAAAAGCUCUGUUUAUCUUAGAUCCACAGAAUGUUCCGAUUAUGACCUCGCAUAUAAAGUAUCUAACAGAUUUAAAUUGUAUUAGCAUCAUGGAAUAUACUCUUGAUGCCAAGGAAAAUGGAAUUCUGGACUAUUUUGAACCUUAUCAAGUGAUUACCUCUACUGCAGAAAUAUGUGUGGAAAUGCUCAAGCAAAGUAUUAUUUCAGAUUUUUCAGCAUUCAAUUUAUUUGUUAUUGAUGAUUGUUUAUAUGGUCCAAGACAGUCACUUAUAGAGAUAAUUAUGAAAUAUUACAGAAGCUCACCAGUUUUUAAUCGACCUAGAAUACUUGGUUUAACAACAGGUCUAUUAAGUUCAGAAUUACAGCCAGAUAGACUAGAAGGGGAACUAAGAAGACUAGAAAAAUUACUAAAUUCUGAUGUGGACACUUCAUCGGAAAUAGUAACAUUGAUUAGAUUAUGUUGUAGACCACAUGAAACUUUAAUAGAAUGUCCUAAAAAUGAACCUGACAGUUUGUAUGAUGAAAUAAAAAAUAUUAUUAAGAUGGCAAUAGAAUUUCUUAAAGAUCACAGGUAUGAUCCAAGUGAAAUAUAUGAAGAUGAUUUAUUGGAAGAAUUAAAACAAGUUCCAGAUCCUCGAACUGUUCCUUUAGAGUUACUAGAGGAGUUUUUAGAAAUUCUCAAAGACCUAGGACCAUGGGGUGCAGAUAAAGCUGCUCUUAACAUUUUGUCAAAAAUUGAGAAACUUAAAGUAAAAAUACCAUAUGAAAGGCAUUAUUUAUUACUCUGUAUGGUAUCAUCAGCUUUAGUAACUGUGAGAGCAGUAUGUGAUUAUGUGUUUGAAAGCUAUGAUGAGCUUGAAAGAAUAAACAAGUUUUCUUCUCCAAAAGUUCUCAAGUUUAUUGAUGUUUUAAAACAAUUUAAGCCUCCUGGAGAAAAGCCACAACCUUCUCAAUUAAUAAAAGACAAAGAGGAAACUUCACCAGUUAAAAUAAAAUGUAGGGGGAAGGGACCAAGAAGGCCUUUAUUUCCCAGACCUCAAAAUGAAGAUAACUUAUGCUGCUUGGUCUUUGUUCACAAUCGCUAUAAAGCCAAAUCACUAUUUGCCUUGCUCUGUUCUCUGUCAAAUGUACAUGAUGACUUAUGGUGGAUAUCAGCAUUGUUUUCAGUUGAAAAAGUAGCAGAUAGUAGAAGUGAAGCAAGACAGGCUGAAAAUGAGCACAAAACCCAGGAAGAAGUACUGCGAAAGUUCAGGUGCCAUGAAUGUAAUAUUCUCGUUUCCACAUCUGUACUAGAACAAGGCUGUGAUUUACCAAAGUGCAACUUAGUUAUUAGAUUUGAUUUGCCAAACACAUUUUAUAGUUACAUUCAAAGUAAAGCAAGAGCUAGAGCUCCUGAGGCUCAUUAUAUUCUUUUUGGGAAUGAACAGGAGCUUGAUAAAUUUGUAGACAAUUUAGCUGAAUAUAAUGAAGUAGAAAAUACAUUACUUAGAAGAUGUUAUAGUCUAGAGCCCAAUAAAAAUGAAGAAAUGGUUGCUGAUAUGUACAAUAAUCUAUGCAAACCAUACCAACCCUUAUCAGAGGAAGGUGCACCCAGUAUUACUUUAAUCAAUGCGAUCUCUUUACUUAAUAAAUAUUGUGCCAAGCUACCUAGUGACACUUUUACCAGACUAACUCCUAUAUGGUCAGAGGACAAAACUAAUGAUGGUAAAUUUAUUUGUCAUCUUCGACUUCCAAUUAACUCUCCAGUUAAGAAAACCAUCAGCAGUCCACCAAUGCCGAAUGGUUUAUUGGCGAGGAGGGCUGCAGCGUUUAUGAUCUGCCAGCUUCUACACAUGACCAAAGAAUUAGAUGAUUACCUUCAACCAAUUAGCAAGGAAAAUUUUCGGGCUACAGAAGAUGAUUGGGUGAAUUUUGCUCUGGAUGAAUCUGAUGAUGAAACCUCUGAAGUUCGGCCAGGUACCACCAAACGUAGACAAUAUUAUUAUAAACGGAUAUCAGAAGCCCUCUUAAAUUGCCAUCCAGUUGCUGGGCAACCAACGUUCUUUUAUAAAAUAAUGAUGACAUUAACAUGCCCUUUACCUGAGGAACAAAAUACAAGAGGCAGGAAGAUUUAUCCCCCAGAAGACUCCCUUCAAGGUUUUGGAAUUCUAACUUCUAAAAGGAUACCAAAGAUAAGUGCCUUCCCAAUAUUUACUCGAUCAGGAGAAGUUAGUGUAGAUUUGGAGCUUAUAUCUACAGAUGUCGUUCUUAGUGAGAGCCAGAUCGAGAAAACGAGAGAAUUUGUAAACUAUACCUUUACUAGCGUUUUGAGGCUCCAGAAAUAUUUAAUGUUAUUCAAUCCGGAAGCUUCACCUAAUAACUAUCUUAUUGUUCCAACUAUUAAAGAUGAUGCUCAAAGUGUUAGAGUCCACUGGGAUUUCAUAGAUUUGAUAUUCAAUAAUUUAACAACUACUCCGGAGUUUAUUGUCGACGAAAAAAGAGUAGACUACGAAUUUAAAGCUGAGGCAUAUAGUGAUGCUGUCGUGAUGCCCUGGUAUAGGAAUCAAGAUCAGCCUCAGUAUUUUUAUGUUGCUGAAAUUUGUAGCAACCUGAACCCUACGUCAGCAUUUCCUGGCUCAGAGUACGCUACAUUUGAGGAGUAUUAUAACCGAAAAUAUGGUAUACAGAUUCAAAAUUUGAACCAGAAUCUACUAGAUGUCGAUCAUACUUCAGCCAGAUUAAAUUUUCUUACCCCUAGAUAUGUGAACAGAAAAGGAGUUGCUCUGCCAACAAGCAGUGAAGAAACCAAACGCGCCAAGCGCGAAAACUUGGAACAAAAGCAAAUACUAGUGCCCGAACUAUGUGCCAUUCAUCCAUUUCCAGGUUCUCUAUGGAGAAAAGCUGUAGCGUUACCUUGCAUUCUUUACAGAAUCAACGCGUUGCUCCUGGCCGAUCAGAUACGCAGAACAGUUGCUGAGGCUCUCAGAUUAGGAAAAUCGAAUUUGUCUGAAGAUUUUAAAUGGCCUUCCUUAAAUUUCGGUUGGAGCCUCUCCGAUGUCCUCAAGAAAUCCAGGGAGGAAGAGCUACGGAAAAAACAAGAGAACUUAGCAGCUUUGGAAACAAAAGUAACAGAAAAAUUGCAAACAUUAACGAUUCGGGAAAUAAAAUCGGAUGAAGACCCUGAGAGUAUAGAUGAUUGCAGUAAUGAUGACACCAAAUUAGAAACUUAUAUAAGUGACUCUAAUAAUGAAGGCGAAUCUAAAUGGAUCGAAAUAGGUACAUGGUGUAAUGAAAUGGCCGGAUCUACAGACCCAGAAAAUUCGGCCGUAGUUCGAUACGCUUCACCAACAAGUUGGAUGGCAGUAGAUACAAACUACGAAGAUUUUUCUGAUAGUGAAUCAGAUAUGUAUGAUGAAGAUUCGGAUACAGAACUUGGACCUUUUAGAAUCGAGUUUACAGGUGAUCAUCAGGCAGAAGCUGUAGACGAUGAAGAAGAUGAAGAAGAUAGUUCCUUCAAACUUUACAACGAUGACAGUGUGUGGCAAAUAGAUGAAGAAAACGAGCUGACUGAGAAUCUUAAGAAAGAAUUUCAUGCAGCCUGUGACAAAAAUAAAAAACAUAUACUUUCAAGUGGCAUAUUAAUUAAAAGGGACAGUACUUUUAGUAAACACUCUUCUAGGGAUAAGGAAGGAGUUACAGUGUUUUUAAAUCCCAUAGUUAAUAAUAUUGAUUUAUCAGGACUAUAUAUGACCCCCAUCGAGCAACAAAUGGAUGAUAUAUUAGAAUUAGAAUAUUUUAACGAGUAUGAUAAAUCUGAACCUCUGUCAUUUAGUUUUGAUAAACAACCAAACCUAGAGGAACAUCCUGGUCCAAGUCCUAACGUGUUAUUACAAGCUUUGACAAUGUCAAAUGCCAACGAUGGUAUUAAUUUAGAGAGGUUAGAAACAAUUGGUGAUUCUUUUUUAAAAUAUGCUAUAACAAAUUACUUAUAUUCUAAAUACGAGAACGUUCAUGAAGGAAAGUUGAGUCAUUUGAGGUCUAAACAAGUUAGCAAUUUGAAUUUAUAUCGUUUAGGAAGGCGAAAAUAUUUAGGAGAGUUUAUGAUAGCUACAAAAUUUGAUCCUCACGAUAAUUGGUUGCCACCGUGCUUUUAUGUUCCGAAACAACUGGAGGAGGCGUUAAUAGACGCACAAUACCCGGCGAACUGCUGGUCAGUUGCAGACAUGGCUGCUACUAGAAACAUGAGUUUAGACGAUAUUUGUUUAAUGGUACGAGAGCGUGCGGAGGGUUAUACAUUAACAAGUAAUUUGUUGAGUGAUGGUCCUAUGGCAAUUCCAUAUAAUCUAGUUACACAGCAUAGUAUCCCUGAUAAAAGCAUUGCAGAUUGUGUAGAAGCAGUUAUAGGCGCUUAUUUAAUAGAGUGUGGACCGCGGGGAGCACUUCUAUUUAUGGCUUGGUUGGGAAUAAGGGUAUUGCCAAGGCUACCAGAUGAUGGUUAUGGAGAAAUUAAACCACCUAGAUCACCACUUUUACGACAUGUGCACGAUCCUGAGGGAGAAUUAACCAGACUGUUAGAUGGAUACGAUAAAUUUGAAAGACACAUUGGUUACAAGUUUGCAGACCGUUCAUAUUUAUUGCAAGCCACGACCCAUGCGUCGUAUUUCCCUAACCACCUUACAGAUUGUUACCAGAGGCUAGAAUUCCUGGGCGACGCUGUACUCGAUUAUUUAAUAACAAGACAUCUAUACGAGGAUCCUAGGAUGCAUUCUCCUGGUGCUUUGACGGAUUUGAGAUCAGCUCUAGUUAAUAAUACAAUUUUUGCAUCUUUAGCUGUGAGAAAUAACUUUCAUAAAUAUUUUAGACAUCUGUCACCAGGCUUGAACGAAGUUGUGGAGAGAUUUAUAAGACUACAAGAAGAGAGUGGACAUUCUUUAGUAGAAGAAUUGUACCUGGUUGUAGAGACCGAAUGUGAGGAAAUAGAAGAUGUAGAAGUUCCCAAAGCCUUAGGAGAUGUCUUUGAAUCCGUAGCAGGUGCAAUAUUUUUAGAUUCUGGAAUGUCAUUAGAUGCUGUGUGGAAAGUGUACUAUAAAAUGAUGAAACCGGAGAUCGAACAGUUUAGCAAUAAAGUACCCAAAUCACCCAUUAGAGAACUCUUGGAACUCGAACCAGAAACAGCAAAAUUCGGCAAACCAGAAAAAUUGGCUGAUGGAAGGAGAGUUAGAGUUACUGUGGAAGUAUUUGGGAAAGGUUUGUUUAAAGGGAUUGGACGCAAUUACCGUAUUGCCAAGUGUACCGCAGCUAAAUGUGCAUUAAAACAUCUGAAAAGAAGGGGUUUGUUAAGGAAAGUAGAAAACUAAUGUAUCACUUGGCGUUUUUUGUUUCCUACUGUCUUUUUAAAUAUGAAUUGUCUACGAGCAAUACCGAUAGACAAAGACUGAAAUUGAGAAAAAAUGAACAUGGAAUGUAAGAACAUUUUCGGAAUCAGAAAAAAUGUCGGAACUGGCGAAAUCAAACAACGUAAGACGCAAGGUGGAAUGUAGAAUACAGAAGUAUUGUACAGUAUAUAGGAAUAAAUAACAAGAAAAAUGAGGCUCUGUGCCAAGAAGUACUUUUGUGGAAUAUAGCAAACUUCUACUACUUCAACUGGUAGCUCCCACAGUUGGAUGAGAUAAGUCUUCCCUAGUUUGAGGAUAUAUUAUAUAAUAAUGGACACAAUUAUAUAUUAUAUAUUCUUAAGUUACAAUAUACAACAACAUAUCUCUUGAUUUUUCUCGAAUUGUGGGUUUUUCCAUUAUCUAGUGCGCUAGACCAUGAUCGGAAAUUUAUGUUACUAUUGGAAUAUCGUUCCUUUGGAAAAUAUUGGAAUCUGCUUAUCAUCUCUGGCAUGUAUUCGAGAAUCACCAUGAAGUACUGCACUUUCCUACUAAAAACUGUUAAUUAUUUUUAUUAGUGGCCCAUGACCAGAAAUGCCGUGGAUUACCUUAAUUAUGAAAUGCAAGUCGGUCCUAUAAUAAUCAUUGUCUAAUGAUUAUGUAAUACCUAUUGUACAAUAUGCGCUAACUCCUUUAUACAAUAUCCUCUUAUUGGAUCAAAAUAAAAAUUUAAAAACA